UGGGGUCUCUGGGCCAGCCCUCACCUGCUCUUGGCCAGGCUGGCCUUUCUGGCCCCAGCGGCACUCGGCUCAGCAGCGGGUCCCCUGGGGCUGUGUUGGCUGGCAGCCUCCGGUAGUGCCAAGCCGGUGAGGGAGAGCGAGCCAGGCAGGAGCGAGGUGCUGAGUCAGCAUGACUCGCUGGAACGGCAGCGCUCUGGGGCGCACAGGGGUUAUUUUUAAAGCUCCCGGCUUCCUUUUGGGCGGGCCCCUCCCGCAUCCUUCUAAUCUCCCCUGGCCCCUUUUCUGCCUCUGCCUCCCUAACAGCCCUUCAGUUCCCCUUCCCCCAUCAGCCCUUUCUGGCCCCUGGUUCCCUGGGGGCAGAGUGAACUGGGAGCAGCUGGGUCCUCGGGCCAGAGUGCCUGCUUGCUGUGCCCCCAGGUUAUGACGACCCCCAACAAAGGAAACAAGGCCUUGAAGGUGAAGCGGGAGCCAGGUGAGAAUGGCACCAGCCUGACCGAUGAGGAGCUGGUGACCAUGUCAGUGCGGGAGCUGAACCAGCACCUGCGGGGCCUGUCCAAGGAGGAGAUCAUACAGCUGAAGCAGCGGCGGCGCACGCUCAAAAACCGCGGCUACGCUGCCAGCUGCCGAGUGAAGCGGGUGACCCAGAAGGAGGAGCUGGAGAAGCAGAAGGCGGAGCUGCAGCAGGAGGUGGAGAAGCUGGCCUCGGAGAACGCCAGCAUGAAGCUGGAGCUGGACGCCCUGCGCUCCAAGUACGAGGCCCUGCAGAACUUCGCCAGGACCGUGGCCCGCAGCCCCGUGGCACCAGCUCGCGGCCCCCUUGCUGCUGGCUUGGGGCCCCUAGUCCCUGGCAAGGUGGCCGCCACCAGCGUCAUCACAAUAGUAAAGUCCAAGACGGACGCCCGGUCGUAGGGACGUGCACUUGCCCAGGCAGGUCUGCGAGGGGCCAUUAGGCACAUGGCGAAUUCAGCAGCCCUGUCCCCUUCUCCUUUCUCUCCUCCUCCUCCCUUCCCUGCAAAGCACAACCUGCACCCCAGGGGUACUGGGCUGAGCCCCUUUGAUCUCAUCAUUGUCAUCGUGUGUUUUGUAUGUUGGGAUUGGUCAGUCUGGCGGCGAUGUGGGGUCACCCCAGCCCCCUUUGUACCGAGGCCUUGCAGGCUUAGAGCCCAGGGUUGAUCUGGGCAGUGGAUAGGAAGAUCAAGCAAGUGCCCUGGGCUGGUGUGUCCCUGAACAGGGAGGACUCCCAGGCGGGGCUGGGUGGUUCACUCCCAGCUCAGUCGGCGUACACAGGUGGGCUGUGAAGAACAGGUGUCUUUGAGAGCCCUGGAAGGCCAGCCGCCAGCCUGAGCCCCGGGGGAUGGGGCAUCGUGUGGCUACAGGCCGGGGGCCACGGCGCUCGCACGGGACGCAUCGCACUGAACAAGACCAAAUCACUGGCUGUGAGCGUGUGUGAAGGGUGUGUCCAGUGUCCUGCGGUGGGUCCCGCGUCACUGUUUACAUGACCUAUUUGUGUGGUUACAUAGCCUUUUAUUUAAAAGAAAAAAUUCCUUUUACGAGGUUAUUAAAUUAUAUGUUUGAAAAGUAAAGAAAAAAAGAGCAGCAGAGUAUUUAUAAAACUGUCUUUUUAAAAAAACAAGCCAGAACAUUUGACGAUAUAAAUGGAAAGGGGAAGAAAGUAUAAUAGAAACUUUGCUAGUUUAAAAAAAGAAAAAAAAAAUUCCUUUCUUGUAAACUUAUGGACAAGUCUUUGUGGCUGUUGGAGUUUAGUUUUUAUAUACACAGAGUUAUCAGACGUUAUUUAUAAAAUUUAGUUUAAAAAAAAAAAAAGCAAGCUGCGAGCGACCAGAGGCGCGUCCUGAUGUCCUCUUUGCUGUCUCUUUUGCAAUUGUACCGAAAGUGACUUACUCCUCUGCCCUUCCUGCUUCCGUCUCUUGCCGGUGCCGUGGUGUUGUCCGUGCCUGGUGAGGUCUUGUGCUGCGUCACGUGCUGGUGCUUCUGGUGACCUUUGACCUGUGGGUGUCUCUUCUUUGUGUCUGUUUCCCAUGUUUGUUUCUUGGGUUUGGUUGUGUUUUUGCUUCUGCUGGCUUGCCAGGCAGCACCUGUUCUAAUGGAGUUUGGGGGCUCAGCGCCUGUCAGCCUGGCCUCUUCUGCCUUGGCGCUGGCCCCAGGUCCCCAGGGGUCAGAUGUAGGGCUCUGCUGCACCCACCCCUGCCCACCAUUGGCUUCGCAUGUGUGUCUCAGGCUCGAGCUGACAUGGGCAGGGUAGGUAAAACUAGGGGCCCCCACACUGCUUCCAAGCCUACUGCCUCUGGCCCUGUGAGGGUGCUUUGCAGGGACCAAGGAGUCCCUGUGGGGAUGCCCGGAGUGCCAUGGACACCCUGUCCCCAGAUGUCUUCCUUCUAGCCUCCAGUCAGUGUGGUCGGGCUCUGGCCACCAACCUGGCUUUGUUCCUGUGGGCUUCAUGUCCUCAGCGGGGGACCCACAGGAGCCCACGUGGGGGCUUUGAGGCCCAGUGCCCACUCAUCCCAGAACUGUCUGUGCUGUGGGGCAGUGCUUCCCAGGCAGAACAAGAGGGUUUGAGGGCCCACCUAGGGGAGCCCCUUUUCCCUGUGUGAGGGCCUGGGGGGUCUCCACCUGUGCCAGACAAGGGCUACAGUCUCCAGGGCCAAGCCCUGUCCCUCAUCUCCCCCUGAACAUGCUGGCAGCUCUUGGCUUCAGGCCUCUUUCCACCUUCUGGGGUUUGUGUCUUCCAGGGAUUCACAGCCUGGCUUGGAGAGAUGCUUCUCUCUAGGGCUGAGCCCACUUCCCCAUCACUACCACCUGGCAGAGGCAGCCAGUCUGCUGGACUUGGCUAGGGAAGCUCCCUAUAGGCUACAGCAGUCUGCCUUCAAUGCCUGUGUCCAAGAGGCUAAUGCCCUGUUUCUGGCCACAUGGGUCUUGGCUUCUCUGGGGACCCUGAGCCCCUGAAAAGCAUGGAAGUGUGGCCUGGGGAAAAGAAAAAAACAGUGUGUCCUGGCAGGGUUUAACCUCGUGGGCAGCAGGAUUUUCAUCUGCGUUUGUCCCAGUGUGCCUGAGGGAUAAAAGCAUGGAUGUGCUGUCAACUUCUGUCAUCUUGAUGGGCUUCUUUUGUCCUUAGAUGCUCAGAAACACCCCCAUGUUGUACCCAGGUCAGCCUGCAGUGGAGAUUCUGACUUUUGACUAAGUCACCUAGUGGCUUCCUCCCCCUCCUUGACCUGUGUGCCCUGAGUCUGGAUGAAAGUUGGUGAUGUAGCAGCAGUGAGUUGGAAUCUCAUAGUGAGAAUCCCUAAAGAGAAGAGGCCAUGCCGUGCCCUGGAAGUGGGAGGGGCAGGUCCCCACGUUUGUCCUGGCUGGGAGGUGAGCAUGUGCUGAACAGAAAUUGCAGGUCCUAGGUUUAGGCCAUGGAAGAAAUUUCUGGAGUUGGUGAGGCUGUGCUUCCUUUCAAGGUUUUGGAUUUGGAGCAGCUGUUCUUUGGGUCUGGGGGAGCAUCCUGUUCUCAUGAAGCCAGCCCCACAGGACCACUCCAUCCUGUUCUCCCUUUACCUCAGUUUCUUGACAGUAGAUCCUGUGUCCACAUGUGACUGGUUAGUGUCUUCCUGAUUCUUGUUAAUUCAGUUUUGCUACUGUGAGGGUGUUGUGUUCCCUCCUACUCUUAAGUUUUCUGACAUAGCGAAUCGAGGCCUUUGGCCAAAGCCAAGUCUCCCACUCUUGUCCGCCAAGUAAUCCAUAAUGUGCACCUUCCCUCCUACCUGCCUUCCCUUAUCCCAGCAUAGACACUCAGAUUUCAGAGGAGAACCCUAUGGGAACAGGUUAGCUCUUGCCCAGAGUAUGGCCCCAGAGAAACCUCUGCAUAGCCCCUGGCUGCUGCUUCGGGUAGCACUGUGAACAAUGGGUGAGAAGACAGGCUGCUCAUGGCAACUGUGUGGUGUGCUGAUUUCUGCCAGGUGCCAGGUCUCCCGGAGGCCCUUCUGCUCUGGCUUCAGGUCUGUGUUUACACUGACCAACAGCAGCAGCCUGCAUGGCUGGUGCCUGGGCCCACAGUCCUAAUGGGCUAUAUUUUGCUUGGGGACAGGUGGUCCAUUCCCAUCCUAUCCCUGCUGCGUCACUCUCUGGGAUGCCUGGUUGGCCAAAGCUCCCAUCCACAGCUGGGAAGCCCAAGCCACAGCCUGCAGCACCAUUUCCGCUCUGGGAUCCUGUAAGUUACUUUUUUAGGCUGUGGUUUGGUGAAAGGAAUCAACACAUUAACGAUUUUUUUCCCCCAGAAGCCACUGAAUAAUUCUUUUUGGCAUGUUUCCACCUUCCUGUUGGCUGUCUGGUUUUGGAGCAGGUGGGGAGAGCAGAGAACACAGACAUGGGGGUGCCCUACAGGCUGAUGGCCUGUCCUCUUCUGGCCUGUGUGCCAGGCCUGUUAGACCAGGCACACGCAUUCCCACCCCACCCGAGAGCAGCACCUUGGUAGGUGGGUGUCCUGCAAGUCCGAGCUGCAGUGUUGGAGAGCAUGCCCUCGAAGAGCUGGGGGCAACCCUGCCAGCAACCUGAUACCCCCACCCCUCCCUUCUCUCCAUCCCCUCCUUACAAGUCCCUGAAGCCUUUAACCAAAUGGGAGUGGGUACAGGAAACCUUCUCCUGGCAUCGUAGGGCAACAGGACAAGGGCUGCCCAGUGUGUCCAGCUCUGCUGCCCUCCUGGCGCCGAGAGGGCGGAUCCAAGCAGAGCUCAUCAAACCCUGCCUGCCCUGCCUAGGGCUGAGGCCAGGGGGAGGUAGGGGAGACCCUGGGAUCUGCGGGGUAAGUGGGUGCUGUGAAGAUCCUGGUGAGGAGGGGCCUCCCGGGUGGCAGCCUGGGCACCCACCCUACCCUGUGCAGUAUUUAUUGCUAAAUUAUUGUCCAGGAGGGGCGGCACUGGGCCCAGCCCCGGGUAUUUAUUGCUGUACAUAGUGUAUGUUUGUGAUAUAUAAGGUUUUCUUUAUUUUGUAUAUGAUCAAUAAACACCUUUUAAAGAGA